CGCCAAAGUAUCACAACUGUUCUAUGUCUUUUCGCUACAAGAACUACCCAACCAAGAUCAAUGCAACAUAGACGAUCUUCCGUGCACGCCGCGUCUCGACCCUAUGUCUCACAACCUUCCAUUGACGUGAUCAAUUUGAUUUUCACACAGGCCCUCACAGAUUUUCACUUUCUCUCCACGCAGUGAUUUUUCACUUUACUUUUUUUAAGUUCGCUGUCGUCUUCACCCAAGAAUAAACGUCGAUUGGAUAUAGUGACAUAGUGAUUUUUGUUUUUCCCUUCAUCUUGUCAGUUGAGCAUGAUGUGAACAUUGUUCACCAGUAAUACAAGAUUCUGCGACAUUUAUCAAAACAAAAAGACCACAACAUCAAAAUGGUUUCCAUCAAGUUCCCGGGCGAGUCUUUCGAGCGGAAACUCGAGCUGCCUCAGUGGAUCCCAGAUGAAACCGACGACCAAAUUUUGGAGAUCAAGAACGCGAAACAAUUGGAAUCUCUACUCGACGAGUUGAUGCACAAGAUGUACCGCUUGGAAGACAGCAAUAAGCAGCUGAAGGAGUUUAUCCAGGAGGAAAAAAUCGAGCUUGCGGCGAAACAACUGGAGACAAUGUCCUUGGUGAAGGUCAGAGCAGAUGAACAGGACUCGCCGGCCAGUACAGCAGGAACGACAUCAAAUGCGGAAGGACGAGAGGGGGCGAAGGAGGAGAUGAAUGGCGGAAAUGUGAAUGGAAACAGUACAUCAAAGCCGCGAGGAGCAGGUCAAUGCCAAGAAAACGAUCCCGCCCCACCGGAAAAGUGCGGUAGCUCCACAAAUACCAGCCCUUCCGGGGCGGCGGAAGCGAGCGCGGCGCCCGCGGUGCAGAGCGAGUUUCAGUUUCCGACCGGGAAUGAGCACGUAAAUCUGGAGAAUGGAGGAGAGGAGGAGGAGGAGGAGGGGGAUGAAAGUAGUAUCAGUAUCCCUAAAACCACCGAACAGCAGCAGCAGGAGCACUACGAGUUGGUCUGUGCGAUUUUCGAGAACUCGCACAUCUUGGACCAGAUGGAGGUGCGGAGGAAGUUGCUGAAGAGCCGGGUCGACAAGCUCACACUGCAGCAGGGGCUGUCGUUGUAGUGUGACUUUUGUUGGAGUUGGGCUAAAGGAUAAGGAUGUGGAUCUUCUGAAGCUUAGCUACAAGAUACUUCUUCGUCAACCUCGUAUGCUGGCACUCGAACAACUUGCGCCACUCAUGAGUGAAUAAAAUGAAAACAACAAGUAUGAGUUGUAAUAGUACUAGCAACUACCAUGACCUCCCGAUCACCGAUAAAUCGGUCGAAGCUCCGCACCGCUCGAUCAGCGGUG